CUCUGUUUUGAUGUAUUCCUGCGUUUGCGUGCAUAAAUAAGUGGACACGGUGUGUGAAUAUGCAUUUCAGAUUUUACGUAACAUUCGAGCCUUGCAGGGGGGGUUUAUGGUUCACCGACUGCAGUGGCACUGGCCUUUCGUCUGCAUCAUGUCAGUCUUGCCUCACGGGGUUUCCGUUCAUGAAGUCAAGCGGCCUGUGGUUAUUGUGGUCAUCACACUUGCUGUCGUUAUCCCUUUGAAAUCCAGGGGCAGCUGUGCUAGAUGAUGAAUUUUUUCAUGUUAAGUAUUUGCAUCAUCGGCUAAGUUGCCAUCAGCUGUUUGCAACGUGCUUCACAAUAGUUGGCCCAUUCACAGCUGUGUGGCUUGUAAUAUCCAAUCACAUUCAUGCAGAUGCGUGUACAUUUUGCAUGUAACUGCUGAUUAGGCUCAUGCUUACACCAAUUCCCUGCUGCAGCUCCCUCCACCACCACCACCACCUCCUCCUCAUGUGGUAUUUCAUCUGGUUAACAACGAAGAUUUAAUGUUCAUGUAUGAAGUUAGAUUAUCAUUCUCAGCAGAAUCAUCUGCUGCUCAGACACAUUGAAACAACAGAGUCUUUUUCUUUUUACUGUAUAACCGUUUGCUGGCCAGUUCCCUGAAAGUAUUUUUUUUUUUUAAGUUGGUCAACAUUUUCUUUUUUCAGUGUGCCUUUCUAUUCCAUUAGACAUAAUAUAUUGAAUACACCAAAUUGAGUUAGCUGCAAAUUUAAUAAUGAAGUUUCCAGUCGGACAGCCAACUGAAGCAGUGUAACAUAAACAAAUUAACGCGUGCCAUUAUUAGAUUGUUGAAUGUGCAUUCAAUGCAAACAAUGACCAAUUUUUAAAUAGCACAUUGAGGCACCUUUAGCAUAACAAUCAGGGCUCCCAUUAACUGCUUUAGUUAUGGUGAAAAAACAUCCGUUUUAGGCUGUUUAUAAGAGCAGCCUUUGGGUUCCAAGCUCCACGUUGACAGUUUGACGAUUAUUUUGCUUUUAGAAUCCAUUUAUCUACAACAUAUAUAUCAGCAAACCUUAUGAAUUGAAAGCCAUAAUGAUUGAUUUAUCAAAAGUUUCAAUUGAUUAUUGAUAACCAGGCAACCCAAUACUUCUAUGAUCCAUGGAACAUAAUCAUUAUAAACUUUUACAAAGUGCCUCAUUAGGAGGUUUUAGAAAAGGGUUCUGGGCAACGUGUCAAGGCAGGAAUGCAGUCAUUUUAUAUAAUAUCAUAUAAAAUGUGUGUAAUAUAAUAUAAUAUAGCUAGGCUGUUUUCGGUUGAUACGUUACCCCUCUCUUCUAUUGUGAAAAGUAUCGGAUGUCAUGCUCCCUUGCUGUCAGCUCACUACAACACACUUUGUGUUGAAACAUUCUUUCAUAACACUGAGAGCCAACGGCCAAGAUUCCUGACGUUUUAAAGAAACAUUAAAUUGUGAAACACUGAUCAGAGAAUGAAAGAAACAAAGGGCAGACACCCCAGGCUUAUUGGAAAAUACACUUUUGUCAUAAAAGUUUGAUUUUUUUCUGUGCAGUUUCCCUAUUCCAUAUUUGCAUAUUGAAAUUGAAAGACACUUUUAGACUUUGCUAGAGGAAAGCCAUGAAUUUGCAAUGUAGCUCUCUUUUUCUUCCAUAUUUUCUAAAUCAGACUAUAAUCUAGCUGUUAUUGUUUCUUUUCUCUAUCUACCUCUUGCUGUGGAGUCUUACCACUUUGCAGCUCACUUUUCAGUUUCACUUUUCUCUGUGAGUCUGUCUGUCCUUUUGUGUCAGCAUUCUUUGUACUUGCUAUGCCAUUUUUCUCUUGUUUCACAAAAAAGUCAGCACAGCGUCGACCCGCUGGUACUGGAGAGCAAAACAUAAAUAAUCUUGGAACGAUCAAAGGAGGUGGGACUAAUUCUACGGGUGGCCCUGAGGGUCAAAACAACAACAGAAUUUUGGAAAACAGCACAUUUCACAAAUUAAAACCCAUUUCAGAAAACAAAUUGACAUUUCCCAAAACACAAGAUUUUGUAAAACACAAUAAAAAAUUUCUGAAAACGCACAAAAAAAAAAAAAUUCUGCAAAAUUUCACAAGAAACAACGUUUCCCAAAACAAAACAAAAUAAUGGAAAAAGACACGAGUGUUUUCUGAAUUGCUGAUGUGUUUUGACCCUGAGAGCCACCGUAGUAAUCCGCUGCAGCAGUGUGGCUCCGAGGGGGAGAAACUUCCCCAUUUCAAGCACCGCAUCCAGUUUCAAACAUUCUAGUCAGCAAACAGAUACUGAGCUGAACUGUCAACAGGAACAAGACAAUGGCUCUGUAAUGACUCCGGGGCGCUGACAGUGAUACCCAGUCCCUUCAACUAAGACCCCGUUUCAACCCUUCACUUGACAAAACGGCACAGUUUUUGUGUUCUGUUUUUUUUACAGAACAUGAAGACAAAAAAUUUGAAUUUGAUAACUUGGUAGUGAAGCAAGAAUUGACUUAUUUAAUUAAAAAAGUAUUAUGAGAAAUAAGGGUUUGUGAAUGUGACCCAAAUAUGUGUAGCAUUAUACUGCCAUCUAGGGAGAGCUACUGUAAAAUGGUUAUUGACCAGUAGUCAGUGUUCUCUUGUGUUGUGCUUCCUCUGUGCGGGCAGAUGAGGAAUUACAGACAAAGUCAAAACCCACCCCCAUUCAGCCGAGCAGAAAAGAUUAAAAAAGUAAACAAAAUAUGAGCAGUGUUUUGCUUUGUCCUGUGAAGCAGUGAGCCAUUCAGUCUUUGCGUAUCACUCUUACCAGCUUUGUUUUGGUGUUUUCUCACUCCUGAGGUCUCCUGAGCUCCUGACAAAUUCCAUGAUGCGGCCUUCGAAGACCUGGCAGCAGGUCGGUGCAGUAUGGAAAAGCUGAAAAAACAAAACAAUACCAAAAUGAGUGCCUCUGAUUGGUCCAACCUGACCCUUCACCUGGAGAAGUCCAUGACCGGCGCUCUGGGUCACUUCCUUGACAACUGGAGGCGUAACAUGACGGCUGCUGCCAACGCUUUGGACAAGACGCUGGCCAAGGAGAACUUCAGUGGCGUCCUCUGGUACCUGGCAGUGAUGGUCGGCAUGUUCGCCUUCAUCAUCGUGGCCAUGCUGGUGAGCACAGUCAAAUCCAAGAGGAGGGAGCACUCUAAUGACCCCUACCACCAAUACAUCGAGGAGAACUGGACGGCCCAGGCACAGCAGAGUGGGGCGAUGAGCAACUUUGGAGCUUGAUACUGCGCAUAGAUGCUAAACUCGCAGCAAAAUCAUCAUUAUCAUCAGUUACAAAAGGAACAAAACAACGUAUAGUGUGUCUUUUCUGAUGUACACGCUUCUCAAAUUUGUAAUCACAGUAAUAAAGUCUGGUUGAUUUUGUACAUCUAACUUGUGGUUAAGCUUUGCCUUCAAUCCAUUACGUCAAAAUGAUGUUAGAAAAAUGUCUCCCAACCUUUUAUGUCUUCCCCACAACCACGUCAAAUAAACUCAUCAACACCACA